AUUAACACUGACACUGUCUUCCAGAAGCCGCGGAUUCAAAGUUUUCUUCUUCUAAGUUGAAACGAGAAACAAAUUAAAAUACGGCAUAUGUUCAUUAUCUCUCUUUUGUUUUGAAACUCAAAGGAAAUCUCACCGGAAAAGUUUAAUUUAUUCACGGUAGUUAUUGUGACGGUAGAAAUUCAUACCGGUGACAUGUUCGUUCGAUACAUAAAAUAUGAUAAAAUGCAGCAUUAACUGCUGUAAACCAACUUUGCGAUCACUCUGUAAACUUGAUUAUUUGCUAGUACCAAUUAAGUAAAACGUAUCUACGUAUAUAAAGCAUUCACAAACGUGUAUAAGAUCAUGAGCAUAAAUUACUUUAUAACCAACGAUCGGGGUAAAAAUCAAUAUGAGAAGCUUGGCGAAGUUCGAACCCGAACAGCAUUACAGCCAGCGUUAAGUUUAAUCUUCCUGAGUUUCUGUAUGUUAUUCUUGAUCUUGUCGACGUGGAAUUGUAAUAGCACGAUAGAUCGAACAGUUAGUACUCACGAGCUUUACCUAAAUUCGAGAUGCUCUGUUUUAAACACAGUGUCAGACAAAUUUUUAUCAUUCGGUCUCGACACAUCUUUACUUCGAGACACGAAAUCUUUUCCGAUUCUGAAUCGAAAAUUUCUAAACUUAGCUUCGUACCUUGCGCCAGCGUAUGUUCGGAUAGGCGGUACAUCCGCAGACUGCUUGUAUUUCAAUCAGACGACAGAUAUAAUUUGCGAAAGAGUGAUCAGCCCGGUUGACGGCCAAGACAUAAGUAAUUUCACGAUCAAUGAGGAGCUAUUUGAAAGUAUAUACAUUUUCGCGAAGGAGUCGAAACUGCGAAUGAUCUUCGACUUAAACGUGUUGAUCAGGACAGCAAAUAAUUCCUGGGACGAUGUUAACGCCAAAAGUAUUAUUUCAUUUGCCAAACACAGAAAUAUGACCUUAGAUUGGCAACUGGGAAAUGAACCAAAUUCCUUUCGUCAUGUGUUUAACAGAACUGUUACUGCAAGUCAACUUGCGAAAGAUUUCUAUCGAUUGAGACAACUAUUGAACGAGUUAGGAUAUGAUAAAAGUAUUCUCGUGGGUCCAGAAGUAAAUCACGUAGGAGACGAAGAUCACAAGGGAGAGCACUACGCGGAAACGUUUUUAAAAAACGAUAAAGAUAGCGUAGACUACGUUACUUGGCAUCAAUACUAUCUCAACGGAAGAGACGCUACAGUGCGUGAUUUUAUCAAUGUUUCAACUUUUAAUUAUUUACAAGCGCAAAUUAAAUCAAUGGAAGAAGCGAUUCAAUCAUCUGGAAGACCUGUCCCUAUGUGGCUGUCAGAAACAAGUACAGCUUUUGGCGGAGGUGCUCCAGAAUUGUCAGAUAGGUUCGUAGCUGGAUUUUUAUGGCUCGACAAAUUAGGAUACAGUGCUAGCGCAGGUAUAAAUGUCGUUACAAGGCAAUCAUUGUUCGGUGGAAAUUAUGCUAUGAUCGGACCUGACCUUUUGCCAAAUCCUGACUGGUGGGUCAGUGUGAUUUAUAAACAGCUUGUCUCAGAAAAAGUAUUACAGCUGUCAUCAGUAGAUCAUGAGAGUUACGUAAGACUUUACGCACACUGUACACCCGAGAGUGCAUUAAUUAGCCGAGUUUCAGCGAUUACGAUAUACGGAGUUAAUAUAGAGAAAUUUCCUGUAUCAAUCAAUAUCAAAGGUAUUCCUAUAUUUGAAAAAAGUGCUAAAGUUUUUAUGUACGCGCUUACUUCCAACGAUUUACAAUCGAGGACCAUAAAGAUGAACGGUAGAACAUUGAAAUUGCAGCCCAAUGGACGUUUACCACCGUUUCGACCUGUAAUAUUAGAACCCUCGAAUCUAAUCAUUUUACCACCGUAUUCUAUGGUAUUCAUUGUAAUACACGGUGCAAAAAUUCCGGCGUGUUAUGUAUAAGAAAUAUAUAAAAAUCUUGUAAAGCAUAUCCUUACAAUUUUCCACAAGCAAUGAAAAAUUAAAGAAUUGAAAAAUUGA